AUGCUGAGCUCAGUCUGCGUCUCGUCCUUCCGCGGGCGCCAGGGGGCCAGCAAACAGCAGCCGGCGCCGCCGCCGCAGCCGCCCGAGUCCUCGCCGCCGCUGCCCCCGCCGCCGCCGCUGCAGCAGCAGCCGCAGCCGCCGCCGCCUGCGCAGCCCGGCCCCGCCGCGUCCCCGGCGGGCCCCCCAGCACCCCGCGGGCCCGGGGGCCGGCGCGCCGAGCCAUGCCCCGGGCUGCCGGCGGCGGCCAUGGGGCGGCACGGCGGCGGCGGUGGCGACAGCGGCAAGAUCGUGAUCAACGUGGGCGGCGUGCGCCAUGAGACGUACCGCUCGACGCUGCGCACCCUGCCGGGGACGCGGCUGGCCGGCCUGACGGAGCCCGAGGCGGCGGCGCGCUUCGACUACGACCCGGGCGCCGACGAGUUCUUCUUCGACCGCCACCCGGGCGUCUUCGCCUACGUGCUCAACUACUACCGCACCGGCAAGCUGCACUGCCCGGCAGACGUGUGCGGGCCGCUCUUCGAGGAGGAGCUGGGCUUCUGGGGCAUCGACGAGACCGACGUGGAGGCCUGCUGCUGGAUGACCUACCGCCAGCACCGGGACGCCGAGGAGGCGCUCGACUCCUUCGAGGCUCCCGACUCCUCCGGCGCCGCCAACGCCGGGGGCGCCCACGACGGGGGCCUGGACGACGAGGCGGGCGCGGGCGGCGGCGGCCUGGACGGUGCGGGCGGCGAGCUCAAGCGCCUCUGCUUCCAGGACGCGGGCGGCGGCGCCGGGGGGCCGCCAGGGGGCGCAGGCGGCGCGGGCGGCUCGUGGUGGCGCCGCUGGCAGCCCCGCGUGUGGGCGCUCUUCGAGGACCCCUACUCGUCGCGGGCGGCCAGGUAUGUGGCCUUCGCCUCCCUCUUCUUCAUCCUCAUCUCCAUCACCACCUUCUGCCUGGAGACGCACGAGGGCUUCAUCCACAUCAGCAACAAGACGGUGACGCAGGCCUCGCCCAUCCCGGGUGCUCCGCCGGAGAACGUCACCAACGUGGAGGUGGAGACGGAGCCCUUCCUGACCUACGUGGAGGGCGUGUGCGUGGUGUGGUUCACCUUCGAGUUCCUCAUGCGCAUCACCUUCUGCCCCGACAAGGUGGAGUUCCUCAAGAACAGCCUGAACAUCAUCGACUGCGUGGCCAUCCUGCCCUUCUACCUGGAGGUGGGGCUGAGCGGACUGUCGUCCAAGGCAGCCAAGGACGUGCUGGGCUUCCUGCGCGUGGUGCGUUUUGUGCGCAUCCUGCGCAUCUUCAAGCUGACGCGGCACUUCGUGGGGCUGCGGGUGCUGGGCCACACCCUGCGCGCCAGCACCAACGAAUUCCUGCUGCUCAUCAUCUUCCUGGCGCUGGGUGUGCUCAUCUUCGCCACCAUGAUCUACUACGCCGAGCGCAUCGGCGCCGACCCCGACGACAUCCUGGGCUCCAACCACACCUACUUCAAGAACAUCCCCAUCGGCUUCUGGUGGGCCGUGGUCACCAUGACCACCCUGGGCUACGGCGACAUGUACCCCAAGACGUGGUCGGGCAUGCUGGUGGGGGCGCUGUGCGCGCUGGCCGGCGUGCUCACCAUCGCCAUGCCGGUGCCCGUCAUCGUCAACAACUUCGGCAUGUACUACUCGCUGGCCAUGGCCAAGCAGAAGCUGCCCAAGAAGAAGAACAAACACAUCCCCCGGCCCCCCCAGCCCGGCUCACCCAACUACUGCAAGCCCGACCCGCCGCCCCCGCCGCCCCCCCACCCGCACCACGGCGGCAUCAGCCCGCCCCCACCCCUCACCCCACCCUCCAUGGGGGUGACUGUGGCCGGGGCCUACCCGCCGGGGCCCCAUGCGCACCCCGGGCUGCUUAGGGGGGGUGCGGGGGGACUGGGGAUCAUGGGGCUGCCUCCUCUGCCGGCCCCCGGGGAGCCCUGCCCGCUGGCGCAGGAGGAAGUGAUUGAGAUCAACCGGGCAGAUUCCCGUCCCAAUGGGGACCCAGCGGCAGCUGCGCUGGCCCACGAGGACUGUCCGGCCAUCGACCAGCCGGCCAUGUCCCCGGAAGACAAGAGCCCCAUCACCCCUGGGAGCCGUGGCCGCUACAGCAGGGACCGCGCCUGCUUCCUCCUCACCGACUACGCCCCCUCCCCUGAUGGCUCCAUCCGGAAAGCCACCGGUGCUCCCCCACUGCCCCCCCCAGACUGGCGUAAGCCAGGCCCCCCCAGCUUCUUGCCCGACCUCAACGCCAACGCCGCCGCCUGGAUAGCCCCCUAGCGGACGAGCCCCCUCCCCCGGGUUUAUCUUGUUUAGUAUGGGAAAGAGCUUCACAGGAGACCCAGGACCUAGCGCAUCACUCCUGGGCAUGUGGAGCUGGUGUUUGUAGAGCCUCCGGCAAAAUGGGAGAAACAACAGCUGCAAGGGCCCUGAGGUCCCAGAGCUGCACGAAUCUCAGAGGACAGAGUUUACCGUUUCUCCCCUCAUCUUGUUGCCCUUGCUGUUAUUGUUUUGCUGUUAUUUCUAUUAUUGUUGCUGGAUAGGACAGAGAGAAUUGAGAAGGUGGGGGAGAGAAAGACAAGACACCUGCAGACCUGCUUCACCACUUGUGAAAUGACCCACUUGGAAGGUGGGGAGCCAGGGAAUCGAACCAGGUUCCUUGCACCCGUCUGGUUCUUGUGUUUCCAUCCAGCCCUGUGCUACCAUCUAGCCCCCCUGGAGUUUAUCUGAAAAGUGAAAGCUAGUGAAGGAGUCUGACCUGUCACAGUCACUAAGUGAACACCCAGAAACUUCCUUAGAAACACAGGAGACAUCCUACAGCUUAGCGGAAUGGGGGGCCCCCUCUGGGGACAGCUUGUCUAGCCUCCCCAGCUUUUAGAGGAGCUCAUGGAGGCCCAGACUCCCCCCCCACACCCCCAUCCCUGCUCUUGUGGAAUCACCAGUCAUACUCCAUGUUCAUCUCAUCACCCUCCUUCCCUGCCACCCUCUCCCCUCCCCACUGCUUGUAUCCAGUCUCCUUCCUGACCUUGGCCUCCUUCACCCCAAAUGUGGAUGGGACCCCGUGGGAAUGGAAGGACAGAGGGAGUAGGGGGGGAAUGGAGGGUGCAGGUCGGGGAGAGUUCUGCUUCUCUUGCCUCUUAUGCCAAAACCCAUUCAUUGAACUCAAAUGAUGGCUGGAGCUGCUGGGGUCCUCACCCCCCCCAUUCCUGUCUCUUCCUUCUACCCAAGACCCCUCCCCUGACCAGUCUCCCUGCACCCCAAGACCCCUCUCUUCCCCAUUUUCCCUCCAACCCGACCCUUGCCUCUAGUCUCCCUUUCCCCCUGCUCUCUCCCUCCUCUGCCCCCCACCCCGCCCCCGUCAGUCACCCCAAAGCUCCUUCCAUAUUUGAUGUCUCUGGCCCCCAUUUCACUGCUCCCUUUCCCUCCGGAAAACACCAGAGAGGAGAGGAGGAAGAGAUGCCGGCGUUUCUCUGUCCCCCAACAGUGAGGCCGUGUUGGGGGGUUCCCUCUAACUGCCUUUCUCCCCUGCGUGACUCUUGUGUUUCUGU